CACCACCAAAUUUAGCAAACCUUGAAGCAAACACUUUUUCACUUAAAAAAACCUUAAUCAUACCUUAACAACUCGCUAAUCAGCACUGAGAAAGUGAGAACUUGUCCACGCUCAUGUGGGUUUUUGAGUAUUUUAAGGUUUGAGGUUAUUUAUUUUUCAUCACCAAAUCUAACAAACUGUGAAAUCAUCUGGGAAAAAAAGAGAGAGACCAAACUCAUCAAUAGCUUCAAGUAGCAGAGCUACACACUCACACAGCACCAAAACCAACAGUAACACCAACAAUAGCGAAGCUCAAAACAUGAGGCUUCAACAAAGUGAGUCCACAAUCCCCAAAGCCAUUGCACAGUACACAGUGGAUGCUCGUCUUCACGCUGUGUUUGAACAGUCCGGCGAGUCAGGUGAAGAAGAUAGGAAUGUAGAGAUAAAACUGAGGACAUUUGGCCCUGAGCAUCAUAAGAGGGCUGUAUUUGUGGUAGUCAAUGCUUGCUCUAGCAAGGAUUACACAGAUAAUAUAGUAGAAGUUUGUUUUGUUGGUCAGGAUGUUACUGGUCAAAAAGUGGUGAUGGAUAAGUUUAUCAAUAUUCAAGGUGAUUACAAGGCUAUUGUUCAUAGUCCCAAUCCUUUGAUCCCUCCCAUAUUUGCUUCAGAUGAUAAUACAUGUUGCUCCGAGUGGAACACUACUAUGGAAAAGCUCACUGGGUGGGCUCGAGGGGACAUCGUAGGAAAAAUGUUAGUUGGAGAGGUUUUUGGCAGUUGCUGUCGACUCAAAGGUCAAGAUGCUUUGACAAAAUUCAUGAUUGUCUUGCACAAUGCAAUUGGAGGGCAAGACACAAAUAAGUUCCCAUUUUCUUUCUUUGAUCAAAAUGGGAGAUAUGUACAGGCUCUUUUGACUGCAAACAAGAGGGUAAAUAUGGAUGGCCAGGUUAUUGGAGCCUUCUGCUUCUUGCAGAUUGCUAGUCCUAAAUUGCAGCAAGCUCCAAAAGUUCAGAGGCAACAGGAGAAGAAAUGCUUUGCAAGAAUGAAAGAGUUGGCUUACAUUUGCCAGGAAGUAAAGAAUCCUUUUGAGUGGUAUUCACUUUACUAA